GGGACAAAGAACGCUCACGGCCAACUGCACUGCAGACGCAUGCCAUCUGUGCCUUACUUCUUGUUCCUUUCUUUUAUCCUCCCUCCAUCGAAACCUCACUGGACUCUUACGCGCCCGUCUGGCUUUGUCCGACCUUGCUGCGGCCAGUCGGCGGCGAAUGUCGUACAAUCUAAGCGCCUGGCAACGAGAGAGAACCUCCCUACGACGCUGUCACAUAUUAUUUUAAAUAAUAUUAAUACGAACAUCCUGAACAUUUCUUCCUCAUGAGGUAAAUCGACAACAGAGUCAACCGUCCAUCGAGUCGCGUCGACAUCUGUCAUCUUCCCACACAAGAAAGCAAAAAAAAAAAGCCAUGUUCCCAAUACGAGUGAAUGACCGAGAUCGAGAUAGUACCCGGGACGAAUACCGGCCCAGAAAGACAUCGACAUCCACCGUAUCCAGCAAGACCAAGAAGCCCACUUCCUCCUCGUCGCUGUCGGAGAAGCAUCGCCAUCGCCACGUUUCCCAUCGUUCGUCCCAUCGUUCAUCCCAUCGUUCAUCCCACGGACGGUCCAGCCGCAACUCAACCAGGGAUCGCGAUCACGACGGUUCCACAAAUCCUUCCGUUUCCUCUCGGAGCUCCACCGUGAGAAGACGCAGAUCCUCCUUGCCCAUGGCUAUGCCCGGUUCGUUUGUCGAUGAUGAAGAUCACGACCAUUCUACCUCAGCUACGGAUCGUUUUCACGCGUCGAGGACCAGCCUGCCAUAUCCGUCUUUUUCAAAGGCACAUAGCAGGGAGGCUGUUGGGAAGGUAACUAUUCCUACGCCAGAUCCUACUGAGCCAGAGGGGAAAGAGGCUGGGACAAAUGGAGCAGCAGAGACCAAGCACGCGUCGGGGACGGAGUCUGCAACAGGGACAACUAGCCAUGGUGACGGCCGUGAUCAGGCAGAUAAUCAUAAUCAUGGUCACAAGUCGCCUCCCAGUCCUCCCUUGACGAAUGACCAGCAGUCUUCGCGGAAGGGGAGCAUGAACGGUGACAGUAAGGAUGAGAGGAGUACAAGUGCGGAGGAGAGGGAGAAACCCCGUAAUCAUGUCAAAACAAAGGUCCGGAUCAGAACGAAGUCCAGCAGAUCGUCGAGCCUGCGUGAAAAGAGAGAUGAUGAGCCUGUCAAGAUGUCGAGGAAUCCGACAGAUGCGUCACCUAAAAAGCCCGAAACGAAAGACGUCCCGUCUCGCUCUCCUAGCACCAAACCGAUUAUGUCGACAUUUCUCGACCAACUCAGAAUGCCCAAGUGGUCGGCCGGUCAUGCAGACACGUCCCCAGCGACAUCGAAUGUGACUAUUCGAGAUGCAGCGAAUAGUUCUGGUGCUACGCCGGUUUCCCCGAACCAGCCCCACAACUCACAGCAACGACCGAUGAGUCCGCCGUUAAACCCACCGUCCCGGAACCAGUCGAGGUCAUCGAUGUCGUCUUCGGCUGUGUAUAGCCCAGCAAGCAACAGCGCCUACGAUUACGGCCGAGCACCGAAGACCAACGGUGUAGGCUACGGAGUGCCUCCGCCCCCACCACCUCCGCCUGAGAUGCCGGUCGCUAUUCCACGGGUGGACUAUUUGCUUCGACUUGGAGGCUUGGAGGAUCAAGUGCCUAGAGCACUGUUAGCUGCUGUCGAUCAGCAUAAUCCGUCAUAUGCCGCAGUCCAGCCGCAAUUGUCGGCGACGAGAGUGUUUGAACCAUUCCACCGGCUGUUGGAUGAUUACCAGAAAGUUAUGACCAAGAGUGGUUCUCUGGCAGUUGCAACGGGCUAUCGGUCUGUGGCUCGACGACUGUUGGAUCGGUUAGAGGCUGUCUUCGCGCGCGACAUUUCUUCUGAAUAUUGCGAGUGUCCUAUGUGUGAUCGUGAUGGCGUGGAAGAACAUCCGUCAGGCGUCAGCUGGGGCGAGAUCUUGGAAAUGGUCGCCGGCCGUAAGGAACUACCGACUUGGCCACCAUUUACGAUCGAGCCUUCUGUCAUCGAAUCUGAAUUGUCGGGUGAAGAACAUAUCCCAAUGCAGAAACUGGAUAUCGACGUCCCCGAGGAGUACAGAGAACAUUACAUUCGCCAGUCACGCAAGACCAAAAUCGCUGUCGACAAGUGGCUAUCCGAGCAAACGACUCAGGCCACCAGCAGCCCACCGGAUGAAGUCGACGAUGAGACAUUGACAUUUGCCAUGCUUACACGUCUAAAUCCUGACCAGCGAUUAAUAUUCUGUAUGCUCUUGGGCGUCCGUCCCUCAACACCCGUACCACAGUCCGACAGCUCCAGACAGCCCCGUGCACGACCUCCUUCACUCAUCUCAUCUUCUCUGGCUAUUGAACGUUUGUACCGACUGCCGUCACCUCCUCGCGACCCGGAAACAGCGAUUUUCAUGUUGAACAACCCGGACAUCCAUCACAUUCUUGCAACUAUAUCUGCAAUCAGCGAUGAUGAAUGGGAUAUCCUUGUCUCUGGCCGCUUUGACGGCUUCCUCCGCAGCGGAGCGGAGGAUGAUCUACCACCCCUAGGUUCAACGCCUUCGCGCUGGGGCAGCCGAUCAGGAACUCCCUUCUCUGCUGGUGGCAUUUCCCGUGGAACGACACCCAAUCAGUUCGAUCCCACCACGCGAUCCUGGAGCCAACCAUCCCUUGCAGGGUCAAGCUCCAGCAGAGCAUCGUUCGGCGGCCCCAUCGCGUUGGACGAAGAAACAGAGAUUGCGGCACUAGCCGAAAUCGAACGUGAUAUUUUCCUUGGCAUGGAAGCAUUGGAGGACGCCUUUGAGGCCCUGCACGGCAAGGCGGAGCUUGUCCGACGUGCUCUCCGCGAACGCGGAGCAGGACUGGCCGUAGCCAACCAAAGUCGACGCGGCACAUACAUUGAGGCACGAAUGGGCACGCCUGCAUCUGCGCUGGGAUCUGUCUGGGAGGAUGACGGAUUGGACGACAGUCAAUCUCUUUACCCGGAUGACUCAGCGAGCAAUAUUAGUUCCAAUCGACGAAGGCGACCGAGGAGACGGAGCGAAAGACGCACUCCUGCGCUAGUCGAGGAGGAUGAAGAGGAGGGUGAGCAACCGGCGCAUACUGGAAACAUUCGACGGGGACACGGGAGCCGGAGGAGGUGAAGGAAAAGCUCAUCCUCUCUCUCCGAGCCCUUUUGUUUUUUAAGAUUUGACGAAAUCCACGACGAUGUAACGUCUUUCUUACGACGUGAUAUGAUAUACCGAGAAUGAUUUUCUCCUACUACUACGCUACAUGACAUGUAAUUGUUGACGUUGAUACCCAUCUCCAUACUGUUUGCAGGGAUGUCUUGUCUCGUUGGCAAGCUGUCUGCGGAUAUGCUGUCAUUAUUUAUGCCUUGACUCAACCACGGAUGUAUUUAUCCAUUAUUUGAUAGUGAUGAGAGGGAUUAUGCACUGGGUGUGGAUAUAUGAGUGCGUAAUAAAUGUGUAAGGCUAAACACACUCCACAUUCCUCCACACCUCCGCACUAGCACUGUCACCCUUCCACGGUUCAGGGGCAACAGAGUUCUACAAUGCGGAUCCGAGCACAGAAUUCAUUGUGAU